AUGAUUUUAUCAACUAGGAUUCUAUAGUGUUUUUCUUCUGAAAAGAAGAUCCUUAGAUUUAUCAAAACAUGUAGUAGUCCCAAAGAAAUCUAUUAAAUCUAUCAUAAAAAUUAGGAACAUUUUACACCUUUAUUAUUUCUUGAAGCUUUGAAACAUAUGAACACAAAUCCAGUUAGAAAGAGAUUUGAUCUUAAUGAUGAUACUGCAUUUUAUGAUGAAUUAACAGAAGUAUUUAAAUAAGUGCCUAUGUAAGAAAAAUGGAGAUUUUGUAAAAUUUAUAAUCUUAUUAUUAGAUAGAUGUGCAAGUUGCUAAAAUAGGAAGAAAUAAAUUAUUAAUCAAAUAAUAUGGAAGUGACUUGACAUGUAUUAGAGUAAAAUAAAUUGCUAUUCUCUUAUGGGGUUAUCAUAAAAAUGGUAUCAAAAAGCCUAGAUUGGUGAUUCAUUUGAUUGAUCAAUUACAAUAGAAUUUAGAUUCUCUAAUUCCAGUUUCAGAGAAACCAGAGGAAUUAUAAUCACUAAAAGAAAAUUAAAAAUAAGAAAAUCAAGAAGAAAAUGAAAUAAAUUAAUCUGAUGAGGAUGAGAACUUUUUAGAAGAAUAAUUAGAGGAAGAUUUACAAUCUGAAAAAAGAGUUCUUAGAGACUUUAGAUUUAAAUUCAAAGAUUUGGUUCUCAUUAUUUGGGCUAUUCAAGAUAUUAAGUUAGAUGCAAGUGCAUUAUUAAUAUACACAUUUAAAUUAGCCAUAAAUAAUUUUAAUAAAAAAGACUUAAUCACAAAUAGAUCAUUAAUUCUACUCUUAUAAGCAACUAUCAAUAUUAAAGAUAAUAAAUAAAUUAAUGCUGUACUUAUUUCAAUUUAAAAUAGUAUUAAAAACUUGUAAUUCAAAAUCUAUCUGAAUAAGACCUUUCUAAUGAAGGUAUACUUUAGUUACUUUUACUGUUGAGAACAUUAGGUUAAUUGAAACUAAGUCCAGAAUUUGCUUAAAAAUUAGCAUAUAUUAUGUUGAAAAAUUAAGAGAAAUCUAAUUAGCCAUUUUCUUCAAAGUUUGCUUCUAUAAUGAUUUGGAAUUUGAAUAAGUAUAUUGAAAUUUUUAUAUAUUUAAAGACUUGCCAUUACAGAUACUGAUAUUUACAAUAGAUUAGGAUUACAUUUAACAAAAAGUAAUGAAUUUAAAGCUAUGGAUAUCAGUUAAGCUAUUUUGAUUUAUUCUGUCCAAUAAACAAAAUCUCCUUAAUAUUAUUAAUAUUAAUUCAUUUUAAGAUCAUUAAUAAGCAAGGCAAAUAUGAUUAAAUUAGAUCCUAGAAGUCAAAGCAUUAUUAAAGAAUCUUUAGAGUAAUAUUAACCCCAUUUGAUUAAAUUAUUAAAAAAAUGA